GAGAGAGAGAGAGAGAGAGAGAGAGAGGGAGAGAGAUAGACACAGACAAAGAGAGCGUGCAAGAUGCCCUCAUUACUCGAGGCGCUUGAGCGCAAAUAUUUCGCCGAAUGCGAAUUUGAGAACGCCAAUCAACCCGAGCUGCACAAGCGCUCCGAUCUGCCCAAUGAUUUUACAGUUACCAAAUGUGGCGGCCGCAUGGAGUUCUCCAUAUUCAUACCCCGCCUCUCGCCCCUAACCAGUGUGCCCGCUCUGCUGGUGCUCAAUGACUGCGACAUCGACUGCGCCGGUGAUUUCGACAGUAUUCGGGAGAAAUGCCAGCGUGUGCGUGAGCUGGAUCUGGCGCAGAACAAGCUACAGGACUGGCAUGAGGUCUUCAACAUACUGAAGCAUAUGCCGCGCAUUGAGUUUCUCAACCUGAGUAAGAAUCAGCUGAUGAAUGUGCCCAGUGCGCUGCAGGCGGCGCCAACGAUCAAUCUGAAGAAUUUGGUGCUCAAUGGCACCUACCUGGACUGGAUGUGUGUGGAUGCACUGCUGCAGAACUUGCCGGUGCUGCAGGAGCUGCACUUGAGCCUCAACAACUACACCAGCGUGCUGCUCGAUGCGGCGGACGAGGGCAGCUGCCAGUGUGUGCCACAGACAGAAACGGCGAGCGAAGCAGAAGCAAAAGCGGAAGCCGAUACGGAAACAGAGACGUGCUGCAAUCUGUGCCAGGGUCGUCGCAAGCUAACCCAGGCACAUGGCGCUCUGCAGACCCUGCACUUCACCGGCAAUCCCAUCGAGCACUGGGAAGAGAUCUGUCGGCUCGGUCGAUUGUUUCCCCGCUUGGAGGCCCUGGUCCUGGCAGAAUGCCCUAUCAAAUCCCUGCAGGCGACAAACACAGCCGAAUUGGAUUCGGCCACUGCCAGCGAGUGCCACAAAUACUUCCCCUGCCUCAAGCUGCUCAAUCUGAGCUGUGCUCAGCUCAAUAGCUGGGCGGACAUCGAUGAGCUGGCCAAAUACGAACAGCUGCAGAAUCUGCGCGUCAAGCAUUGGCCCCUCUGGGAGACGCUGGAGUGCACGGAGCACGAACGUCGCCAGCUGCUGAUUGCACGGCUGCCAAAUGUGUCCAUGCUCAAUGGCGGCGGCAAGAUCAGCGUGGACGAGCGCGUCGAUGCGGAACGUGCGUUUGUGCGUCACUACAUGGACAAGCCGGAAGCGGAGCGCCCCGCACGCUAUGCCGAACUACUCGCGGUGCACGGCCAAUUGGAUCCGUUGGUCAAUGUGAAUCUGAAGCCAGAGAAGCGGGUGAAGGUCGUCUUCACGUACAACGAUGUGAGCGAAAGUCGCUUCGUGGACAUCUAUCUGACGGUCAACGACCUGAAGGUCAAACUGGAGAAGCUCAUCGGACUGGCGCCGAACAAGAUGCGUCUCUACUAUCUCGACCAGGACUACAAGGAGUUCGGCCCAGAGGAAAUGCGGUAUCCCAAUAAACAGCUCUACAGCUAUAAUAUACAGUCGGGCGAUGAGAUUAUAAUCGAUGCUAAGAAGUAAAUCCGGAAGGCAGCAGGAUGGAUGGACUAUUGGAAUGAUGAUAAUUCCUGGAAAUGUUGCUACACAUAUAGCUUUGUGAACGAGCGGUGCUAAGAGCAACAACAAUUUGUGAUCUUGUAUCAAGCUUCUUACUGACGGAUACAAAAACCCAACCAACAUGCAUACAUACAUAUAAAUAUCUAUCUAUCUAUAUAUAUACAAAUACAGACAUAUAUAUAUGUUAUGAACAACUUAAAUCUAUCGUACAUAUAUUAUAAAUAUUUUUACAAUUAUUUACCGCCUUCCGACAAAACCGAUUUACUGUAUAUAUAUAUUUCAAUGGCCAAAAUACACAGAGACAUACAAGUAAUACACACCCACGCACACACUUGUCCAUAUAUAAAGAUAUAUUUUAAUUAACAUCCUAACCUAAGCCAGCUACAGACUAAAAACAAAA